UGCGUUCUCGCCCAGGUGAGGAGCGCGGAGGGGGAGGCGGUGGACGGGGAGGACCCCAGCCUGCAGGCGUCCGCAGGCAAGAAGGUGAAGCUGGAGCUGAAGGAGCGGAAGGAGAAGAAGCACAAAGUGGACGAGGACGAGAUCCAGAAGAUGCAAAUACUGGUCUCUUCCUUUUCUGAAGAACAGUUGAAUCGUUACGAGAUGUAUCGCCGCUCUGCUUUCCCCAAAGCUGCUAUUAAAAGGCUGAUCCAGUCCAUCACCGGCACCUCCGUCUCCCAGAACGUGGUUAUCGCCAUGUCUGGCAUUUCCAAGGUCUUCGUUGGGGAGGUGGUGGAGGAAGCUCUGGAUGUGUGCGAGAAGUGGGGGGAGCUGCCGCCUCUGCAGCCCAAACACAUGCGCGAGGCGGUGAGGAGGCUCAAGUCACGAGGACAGAUCCCCAACUCCAAAUAUAAGAAGAUCAUCUUCCACUGAAGCGUCCCAAGAGCAGGAGGAGAAGACAAGUUAAAACAAGCUUCCUGUGGUGAACCUCACGCCAGCAGAGCUACGAGCCCGAAGCUCCUUCAGGAGCGAUGUGUACAGACUGAAGCGACGGCAGGGAGGCCUCCUGUCGUCACUGCCCAAGUCUGGUUUGGCAUCCAGGUGCUGUGCAGGAGCCAAAUCCCUGACCUGGAGCCCUGGGUUCCUCUGCUUCACCAGAGCAGGGAUAGGAACGUUCAAGGUCUUCAGUGUAUUUGCCCACCGGCGUCACACUUUCUGCUGGCACGGAGGGAGUAGUGUCUAUGUACAGAGUGGUUUUUGUUGGGUUUUUGUUGGGGUUUUUUG